AAAAGUGGUGACCUUUUCUUUUAAAACAAGAAGAAUACUGGACGAUAUAUAAAUUCUGUACCUACAAUGCAGUGACAUUUCAUUCCUUGAGAUUGUAUGCAGUCUGGAGUACUUAUAGCAGAUUUAAUUUUAUUUAACACUGUGUGUGCUCGUGUGUGUAUAUAAACUAUCAACAAAAUGGAGUGCCAGAAUUUGGGGCUAGUCCAAUUAAUUAUUUUCGUGACUUUAGGAUACUACUUCACAUGUGUCUCAGGCCAAGCAUGUCUAUUUUAUCCUUUGGGAGAAAACAGACGAUUCGAAAGGGUGGAAGAAAAUAUCGCUGUUGGUAGCGAAGUAUUUAGGGUUCAAGUCUAUCCAAGGCAUGAGUUCAAGCUUGAGCCGGUUGAUAACAGUCUUAGUGACAUCAACUUCUUCAGGGUCGACGGACUGGACAACCAGACCGUCUCUAUCAAAGUUGCAAGGUCACUAGAAGAUCUUGUCGACAGACGUGAUCCCCAAACAGUGCUCAAGUUUAAGCUCACGUGUAAAGGUGGCGUAGGAACGGAUGAAGCCUUCUUGCCCGUGACCGUUUAUAUUCAAGACAUAAACGACCAUGCCCCAGAAUUCCAGAACACGCCUUACUAUCUGGAAGUGGACGAGCUUACUCCAGUGGGCCUUACUGUGUUUCGUGGUAUUCAUGCCAUUGACAAAGACAAGCCAAACACACCAAAUUCCGACGUCACUUAUUCUAUCGUGGGUGGAAAUGAGAACAAUAGCUUUGCUCUCUCGGAUCCAAUCGAAGGAAUUCUGGUCGUGAACAAGCCGUUGGAUUAUGAUUACGGAUCUCGAGAAUUCAAGCUGCUUAUACAGGCAUCUGAUCAUGGUAGUCCAGAAAGCAGAAGUUCCGUCACAACUAUGACCAUUCGACUGAAAGAUUCUGAUGACCAAAAUCCUGUUUUUACCAAAGAAGUCUAUAAAACUCACGUCUUGGAAGCUGCUGCUAUAACGGGAGCGAGGAUUAGAGUAAAAUUGUCUUUGGACCCCCCGAUCCAUGCAUAUGAUCAAGAUGUUGGAGUCAACGCCCCGCUGAAAUAUUCGAUAGUGCAUGGUAAUGAAAAAGGACUGUUUGAAAUGCAUGAUCAGAUGGCAGAUCUGUAUCUUGUCAAAGAAGUAGACCGAGAAGCCCUGAAGAGCCCGAUACUGACACUACAUAUUCAGGCCACGCAGACGGAUAACAGCUUGAGAACCGCCAUGGCCAAAGUGGAUGUGCAAGUGCUAGAUGUGAAUGAUAAUGUUCCUGAAUUUGAAUAUGAAUUGUACAAUAUCACUGUGAUGGAAAAUUUGCCUCCUGGGUUCACGGUUGUCCAAGUAUCUGCUUUUGAUGAAGAUUCCGGUGACAAUGCCGAAUUCCGCUACGAGCUAGAAGAUGAAUCAGGAGCUUUUGCCAUCGACCCUUCUGGAGGAGCCAUCAGUGUAAAGGAUCCCAGCAAGCUGGACAGAGAAACCAAAGAUGUUAUACGCAUGCGUGUUUUUGCCCGCGAAAAGAAACCGAAUGUCAAUCCCACUGCACGAGCCACUCCAGCAAUUGUGGAAGUCCAUCUUUUAGAUGCCAACGAUAACAAUCCACAGUUUGUGCCAAGUAGUGUCUAUGUCUUCAGCGCCACUGAAGUUGACCCACCUUUUACGAUAGUUGGACAGGUAAUUGCUCUGGAUCCGGAUUUGGACGUGAACGGGGUCGUGCGCUACCAACGUCAGAACGAUAGCCUUAGUCAAACUGUACCUUUUGAUGUUCACCCGGAAAAUGGAUCCGUGUAUAUUAUGGAAUCUUUCCGCUCCAUCCGAGAGAAACCAGCUCGAUAUACCUUCUUCGUGCAAGCAUCCGAUUUGGCCAGGAUAGAAUCCGAGAGAAGGUCUUCUGUCGCUGUGGUCAAUGUGAAUAUUCAAGAUAUUAACAAUAAUGCCCCAGAGUUCAUCGGUGCUCCUUAUGAGGCGUUCAUAGGCGAAUCCCUACCUCCUGGUGCUUUGGUUUAUCAGUUACAGGCCAAAGAUCCGGAUGCUGAUACAGUGCUUCAUUAUUCUAUCGUUGCUGGUAACGAUGAAGGCAAUUUUGUGGUUAACCCUUCAACAGGUCAAGUAUUAACGGCUGCCGUGAUGGACUACGAAAAGAAGCAAAGCUACGAUUUGUUGGUGCAAGUAUCUGAUGGUAUAAACACUGCAGUUUCGCCAAUGACAGUCAAUGUUGUGGACAUCAACGAUCAGCAGCCCGUUUUCACUCAUAAUUAUUACAAUUUUUCUAUAGUUGAAGAAAUGCAAGAGAAUGUUACAGUUGGAUCCAUACUGGCAAUGGAUGGUGAUUCUGGCCGCAAUGCUGUAGUCCGGUACAAGUUGCUUGGCGAUCAGGCUAGUGAGGCUUUUACCAUAGAUGAAUCUGGAAAUAUUCUUAGCCGAAGGAGGUUGGACAGAGAAAGAGAAGCUAUGAUAGAGUUCCUGGUGGUUGCCUUCGAUGCUGGCACUCCUCAGUUGAGUGGAACAGCUACUGUUGGUGUCCGAGUGGAAGACAUCAAUGACAGUCCGCCUUAUUUUGAUUCAGACACAUAUGUAGUCAGUGUUCCCGAAGAAGAAAUUCCACCGUAUACUGUUCAUAAGAUGCACGCGAAAGACGAUGACACGGGAGAAAAUGCUGUGUUAAAGUACCUCAUAGUUGGUGGUAAUGAAGAAAAAAUGUUCACAAUCGAUGAGGAUAACGGCAUUGUAACUACAGCGGAUAAACUGAAUUUUGAGCGACAGUCCGAAUAUGUUCUGCACGUCGCUGCAAGAAACGUCAAACCAUUCCAGGGACCCCAGGCAUCUGCAUUGGCAAACCCAUUUGUUAAACUAGUCAUUAAAGUCAUGGAUGUCAACGACGAAUUAGUUGUUUUUGACCGCCAGUCCUACCAAUUCAGAAUUCCCGAAAACUUACCACGUAGCGAAAGCAUUGGCUACCUAAAUGCCACGAAUCCCCACAGAGGACCAAAAGACCAAUCCAUUAUCUACUGGAUAGGCGACGGCAAUUCCCUGGAGAGAUUCUGGAUCAAUCCUAGAAGCGGAGAACUCGUACUUACAGAAACUGUAGACAGAGACCCACCUAACAAUCAACAAGUGUUCCAACUCAGAAUUUUCGCAAGGGAUCAACUGUCUAGCAAUUCGCUGAAUACUAGUGUUCCAGUUGUUAUUGUUAUCGAUGAUGUUAACGACAAUACUCCAACUUUCGAUGAAGAACGCUAUGCCUUGGAAUUACCAGAAAAUUUACCCUUGGGGACAACAUUGCCUCCAUUUUUUAGAGCCAAAGAUAUUGAUGCUGGGCCUAACGGAAAAAUUGACCGCUACUAUACGAAUGGAUCAGAUGAUGUAUUUCUGGUAAAUAACGCCACGGGAGCCAUAACACUAGUUUCUAACCUUGACUAUGAAGCCAACGACCAACAUGAAUUCACUGUUUAUGCUGUCGAUGGUGGCCGUCCAGCACGGAUCGGUUUUCAUAAAACUGAGUCCUUGCCAUCGGAAUUUAAUACAGAUUCUAUUCUGUUUUCAGCUUUCUUCAUGAUCGAUGAAGAUACUGGUAUAGUAUACGUAAAGAAGGACUUGGACGCUCGAACACGGUUUUCAUUCAUUGCCAGGGCAACUGAUGACGGUGUGCCUCAGAAUAAUAGCAUCGGAGUCCAAGUGAAUGUUUGGGUGCGAGAAAGGAAUGACCAUCCACCUGUUUUCACCAAAUUAUCCUAUCAUGGAACUGUUACAGAGAAGCAAAUAACGGAUAAACCAAUCGUUAAGGUUCUCGCUGUCGAUCGAGAUUUGCAAAAUAACACAGUGGCUUACAGCAUCAAAAGCGGAAAUGAGGAAGGAAUUUUCGACUUGCAUCCUUCCACCGGUGAGAUCUUUGUGUUACCUUCGGAAGCUCAUCGUGUGGACUACGAUCAAACGAAAUCUUACAGUCUGCUCAUCGAAGCCAGAGAUUCUCAUGCCAGCUCACUGUACGGAUUGGCCAUGGUUACUAUCGACGUCAUUGACACAAACGAUCAUCCUCCACAGUUUUCCCAAAUGUCUUAUUCAGCUUCUUUGUCGGAAAACUUACCAGCCGGACAUUGCUUCCUCCAGAUCCAUGCUGAGAGCGGUGAUUCCGUGGAUACGUUGUCGUACGCCGUGGAUCGCAAUACCAUUCCUUUCACUGUCAAUCCCAAAACUGGAGAUGUCUGCACCAAACAAGUUCUGGACAGAGAAGAGAAAGAAAUUUACGAAUUUGUUGUCAUUGCACUGGACGGACGAUAUGAAACUAAGUCACCGGUGGUUAUCCGCGUGCUAGAUCAGAAUGAUAAUCCUCCUAAAUUUGAAAGAGAACGUUACUUUGUCAGCAUACCUCCGCAAUCGCAGGCUGGACGAACAAUUAUUCAGGUUCUGGCCACCGACCCUGAUCUAGCCAGUAAUGGAGAAGUGACUUAUUGGAUCAAGAACACCCACGGACUUUUCGAUAUCGAUUCGCAAACUGGACACAUCCGGUUAUCUACAGUCCUGCCUAGCCAGAUUCAGCGGAACACGACUUACGAAAUGGAAAUCUUCGCGAGGGACCAUGGAACGGCAUCCAAUAUUGGAAAAGCCAUUCUAGUUGUUCGCGUUUCCAGUACGAGGAACCAUCCUCCUAAAUUCGAGAAAUUUGGUUACCGAGUGGCCGUCGACGAGAAUUCUGCCAAUGUCGAUUUGCUGACAGUUCACGCAUAUGAUCCGGAUUCCGGUCCAGCUGGAAGGCUGAAAUACAGGAUCGUGCGAUCAACUCAGAGGGAAGCAUUCAGAAUUGACAGCUCAAACGGAAAAGUAGUCCUUGUUACUCCAUUAGAUUAUGAGAAGACCAAGUACCUGGAAUUGAUAAUCGAAGCCAGAGAUGAAUCAAAAGAGCCCCAAUUUGCCACAACUGUAGUUCAGGUAUCUGUCAAUGACCUAAACGACAAUCCACCUGAGUUCUUGGCGCUUCCACAUCUACUUCGUGUUCCUCUUUCUACUUCCAUCGAUGAGGUUGUGUAUGCCGUAAAGGCAAUAGACGCAGAUAGCCCAUCUGGAGGAAAUAGUCUCAUUACUUACGAACUUCAACCUCCGAGCAGCCAGUUUUCAAUUAAUCCAAAGACAGGCCAGAUAACACCUAGUCAACCAUUAAGUCCGAGCACAGAAACUCUAAGGAUUAAGGCCACCGAUGGAGCAGUAUUUUCUUUAUCCAGCACGGUGGACCUUCAGGUAGAAGUGUACAAGGAUACCAUCGAUGAUCCUACACCUGUUUUCACGUCUGUUCAGUAUUCCGUAAACGCGGACGGGGUCCUUGAAGCUGGCAGUACUGUACUAGAUGUACGAGCUACUGUGCCUAACGGAAGUCCAGUCUUUUAUAAUAUAACUGGUCCUGAAGAUACUCUUAUUCGAGGGUUCAACAUUGACAGAGAGACGGGUCGUAUCACUACAACUACUCGACUUUCUGCAGACCAGCAAACGCUUUAUCACUUCCUCGUCGCGGCAUCCAAUCGGAAUGAUCCAUCGCGAGGGACCGAAGCUGGAGUUGUUGUGCAGCUGAGUGACGCCAGUAUCCGAUGCCCCAAAUUCCCGUUCUCAGAAUAUUUCACUGCCAUCCGAGAAAACGCACCUCCCGAUUCCGUCGUCCUUCCUUACCUACAAGUGGAAGACGCUCAUAUUUUUGACCGGCUGUCUUAUCAAAUCACCGAAGAUAAUUCCAACGAUAACUUCCUGAUCGAUACUUUGGCUUUUAAUGUGUCUGCUAAGAUCAAAAGACCUCUCGACAGGGAUAAUAUGCCUCAGACGUUGCAAGGAAUGUACACAUUGACUGUGACGGCCAGCAAUCAAAGAUGUUCUGGGAACACAAGGUUAAAUAUUUUUGUGGAAGAUGUCAACGACAACAGCCCUGUAUUUGAAAAGAGAGACUUUGUUGUAGAAGUCAAAGAGAAUGCUCCACCUGGUCAUGUUGUUGUACAUCUAACUGCUCUGGAUAAGGAUGAAUUGGAUAUCAACAAAUUAAGAUAUUUUAUUGUAGAUGGCAACACUGGUAAUCAAUUUCAAAUAGAAGAAAGUACUGGUGUAUUAUCAGUCCGAUUGUCUCCAGACAGAGAAGAAACACCAGCAUUUAUGUUAAGAGUCCUAGCUUUGGAUUCAGCCAAUAACACGGGAUUUGCGAACGUUCAUGUGACGAUUUUGGACGAAAAUGAUUGGACACCAACAUUUAUGAAUGAAACAUUUUUGCUUAACGUCACUGAAGGUUCCAGCAGUUUGGGAGCUAGCAUUCGACUGCCAGUUGUAGAUUAUGAUGAAGGUCUUAAUCGCCAGAUGGAGCUACUGAUCUUAGAAGGCAACGUCGAUAAUCACUUCCGCCUUUCUGUAGAUGACAGAGGGCCGCUGUUAACAGUUGUUAAAGAACUAGAUCGAGAAGAAUACGGAGUGCCAGACUCUGCUCUACAUGUUGUGGUUGUUGGUGCCAAGGAUAUGGGUGUACCACCACGUACCGGCACAGCAACAGUGGCAGUAGUUAUCCAGGAUAUAAACGACAGUCCUCCCGAAUUCUCUAAGGACAUUUACUACGAGUUCGUGUCCGAAAAUGAACCAGUGGGAAGCGUCGUUACGACAUUAACUGCCAAAGACGAGGACGCAGAAUAUAAUACCAACAUGAAAUAUGCUUUCGGAUCACGAACUAGAAAUGUUCCAUUCUUCAUUGACCCCUUCACCGGUGCUGUUAACGUAUCUCGGACGCUGGAUGUCUCAGAAAGUCGAGAAUACAGUAUCAUCGUAGAAGCUUCUGAUGGACUGUGGAAAGCUGCGACUACCCUUAAGCUAUUCAUAAGAGAAGCUGAAGAACGAGAUCCUUUGUUUGAUCAACAACACUUCCGUUUCGCCAUCCCAGAGAACGUAGCUGGGGCGUUCGUCGGGCAAGUGGAAUUGAAGGAACGUAUGCACCGCAGCAAUAGCCAGAUGCAGUACAACAUUGUCAACAAUGAUGUCAAAGCCAUUUUUAAUAUUACUAAGGAAGGUAAGAUUUUCACAAAAGUCGGGCUUGAUCGUGAAAAGAGAAGUCAACAUACGUUUACAGUCAUGCUUAAAGAACGUAAACCCUCUACUAAAGUGACUGUAUGUGAGGUGACAGUAGAAGUUCUGGACGUGAAUGAUGAAAUUCCAACAUUCCAGCACACCUACCAGGGCACAAUCAACGAAAAUUCACCAUCUGGAACUCCCGUCACUGUGGAUCCACCCAUCUCUGCUGUGGACAACGACAGCGGCAACAACUCGGUCGUUCGCUACUCUCUCAGUGGUGCCGGAAGCGAAAUCUUUACCAUACUUGAGAGUGGACAGGUCAUCUUCAGUGCUCCUGAUCCAUCAUUGUCACUGGACCGGGAACGAAAAGAAAGAUAUGAUUUACAGGUGACAGCAACAGACAUGGGUAACCUGAGUUCUUCAACUUAUCUUACCAUAUUAGUGGCAGACGAAAAUGACAAUGCUCCUGUUUUCCAACAUGGCCCGCUUCGGGUAAUGCUACCUGAAACUGCGCGUCCUGGUUCCAAGAUUGCUGAGGUUCUGGCACUGGAUGCUGACGCUAAAGGACCAAACUCGAAAGUAGAAUACAUCAUAACAGCCGGAGACAAAGGAGAUGUUAGGAUCGACAGGGCUACAGGUGAAAUUUACGUCGUAAGCACAUUGAAACCGGGCACAGUAUACUUACUGAACGUUUCAGCUGCCGAUGGUAAAGGUUUAGCGGCUUCAACAGUAGUCAACAUCACGGUGGUGGACGUGAAUGAUCACAAACCAACGUUUUCUCGAGUCGAGUAUAACAUUAAAGUAAAGGAGGGCAAUUAUAGUCAGAACAGGAUGGCACUCGGUCUGCUGAAAGCAGUUGAUGAAGAUACUGGAUUAAAUGGACAGAUCGAAUACUCUUUAAUCACAACAACUUUUGAACAAAAAUUCCCCUUCACUGUGGACAGCAGUACUGGUGAUUUAUAUGCUCAGGGAGUUAUCGAUAGAGAGUCAAAAAGCUCAUACAAAUUCCAGGUUCUUGCUACCGAUUUCGGCGAACCACAGCUCAACUCAACAUCUGAUGUCAUCAUCGAAGUUAUCGACGUGAACGACGAGCCACCUAGAUUUUACACCGAUCCCUAUCUUGCCCAUGUUCAAGAAAAUUUAGAUCCAGGACAAAAAGUCACACAAAUCACUGCAUACGAUUCUGAUUCUGGUCACAAUGGACUCGUAUUUUACAAACUAGGAACAGGCCACAACAACAAAUUUUACAUCGACAGCAAAGAUGGAACUGUGUGGACAUUAUCUACUUUGGAUUACGAGAAACAAGCAUUUUAUAAUAUGACUGUCAUAGCUUACGAUCAGGGAACGCCGAGUUUAAGCUCUACAGCGAAACUUUGGGUUACAGUUGCGGAUACCAAUGAUGCAGUGCCUGAAUUCUCCAAAGCAGUUUACACAUUGGAGGUAGCCGAAAGCCGCCAGCCUGGAGAUACAGUAUUCAAAUUAGAUGCUGGAAAGGGGGAUUUUAAAUAUUCUCUUUUGAAUAAGGAUGAGAUCGACGCAUUCGAUGUGGAUAUGAGCACUGGUGACAUUCGUCUCGUGAAAGCUCUCGACAGUGUACAGCAAAGCCAUUAUAGGCUGCUUGUCGAGGCAUCUGUUGAUAGCGACCCACCGAAGUCUGAUACCGCAGAAGUAAAUAUCAUCGUUGGCACAGGACAUGGUGUUCGACUUUUCCCCAGUCGUCUGUACGAAGUUACAGUCUUUGAAAACAGACUUGCCCCUCUGGUGAUCCUAGAUCUGAACGCCACUGAUGAAAUAGCACAUAAACCAGUGUUGUACAGCAUUGUUGGUCAUGAUUAUAACGGUCUUUUUGUGAUGGAAGCCGAUACUGGACGUCUAACUGUAACGGCCAGUUUAGAUCGUGAAAAGCGAGACAGAUAUUCUUUGAAAGUUCGGGCGGAAAAUGUUGGUCGUCAUAGGUUCGGACGAGAAAUCAACAGAGCAG